CCCGCCGAGUCAUUGCCAAGUGAGGCUGUGCAAACCAGCCUCGUUCACAAAAAACCAGGCUCUUAAUUAUUUCUUUAUUAAAUGCAGUCUUUCUAUUCCAGUCUUUGGUGGUAUUAUCGCCCAGGUUGAGAAUUAGUUCCUGUGGAUGUCUCAGUUGAUCCUUGCUGUGUUCAUCUCGGAUCGAAUCUCGCUGCCGCUUCUUCUGCCAAUAUCUAAUUUGAGGCGAGUAAUAUACCAUCAGCGACUCUUCUCUUAUAUUUGAAAGAAAGGAUUAUCUUCUUCUUCUUCUUUACCGCUUCUUUUCUUUUCUUUUCUUUCUUUCUUUGUCUCCAUCACUUGGCCCCCAAGCCCCGCUUCAUGAACCAACCUGCUUCGCGUCCGAAGGAGUCUGUUUGACACGAUCUGUUGGUUGUGUUGUAUUCAUCUCGAAAUAACCGCCUGAUAUUUUAACUUGGCAGCGGCUCUGCAUCUUUUAAUAGCGACCCGCCUACGCACUCAUCAUCUAACUACCGAGUAACUAUUUGGGCCACUCAACUCUCCCUCUUUAUUCUUCUCUUCAUCGUUUAUUCAUUCCCCUUAUUUAAACGCCACUAAUAAGAAAUCAUCCCUGUUCCCUUUUCCCUUGAUUCUUUUUUUAUCUUUUUUUUUUUGGCGCCAGGGCCAAGAGUGGAGAACCGGAAUCUAUCAGCCGAGACGGGGGUCAAAGAAACCCGGUUCCUCCCCGAGAAUCACGGAGCGUCAACGGCGCCAAAACGACUUCAAUCUUCGGGCAGCCGAACUCAGAUCUCAUCUCACUCACUCACUCACUCACUCACCCCGUAAAAUGCCGGAUAUGCUGGACCCAGGCACACCGACCGUCACGCCUCCCGUCUCUCCAGGCGGUGGCGUAGAGAGGCGUCGCUCACGGAACCCUCUCAAGAACAUGAUGCAGCAUCUCACUGUGGAUCCUCCCCCGGCUGAUGACGACCGUGAGCCCAGGAGGGCUUCUCUCAUCCGGAGAAUCAGCUGGCGCAAAAGUCGUAGUCCGUCAGCGCAUUCCGAUAGAUCGGGAGGACAGCCGCAGGACCCUAAUCUGUGCACGGCGUGUGCGGGUUGGGCGGCUGAUAUCGACUCUACGUUUGACACCAUGGAUGAUUUCUUCAUGAGAGCCCUGAAUCCAACGUCUGCGGAUACGUUUGAGAACAAGGAGCAUUCGCUGGGCCGGUUAAAGGAGCUUGAAGAGAAUCGCUUCAUGACAAAAUGUCCACUCUGCAAGCUCUUCCUCUCAGUGCACAUUCCCAGCGAGGGAGAGGGCGAUUUAUAUCUUUCCGGGUUUUCAAGUCGCGAUACAAAUUACCUCAUCGACAACCAGAGCAUGUUUGAGCAGGGCCACUCAGCAAAGAACAAGAUGAGAGGAGCCAGUCCAGCAUAUCUAGGCGUUGUGCCUAAAAAGAGCGGUGAUGGCGCGUUGAGCUGGGAUGUGAGCGCUGAUUGGUUCCGCGGGUCUGGUAUGCUCUAUCGAACGAUGCCCGAGCCACCGAAUGAACUCCUCAGCGCUAGAUCAGAAGGGAAGCAUUCACGUGCUAAUUCUAUGACCGAUAAUGCCGGUUGGCAGAAACGUGGUAUCUGGGGUCGUGAGCUGGAGGGUGUGAUUGAUAUGAACAUCGGAGUGGAUUGGCUACGGUUCUGCGAAUUUUAUCACCAGGGGCGAUGUGGUCGAAAACCCGUUACGCGGGAGAUGCCGGGUUUCAAGCUUGUUGAUUGCGCAAAGAAUCCUCCUCAGGUGGUCACUGCGUCUAUCACGGAACGAUAUGCGGCGUUGAGUUAUGUCUGGGGAAACAAAACCACAGAAACGUGGCCCAAGGUUGUAUGGGAUGCUGUCAUUGCGACGAAAGAUCUCGGCAUCAGAUAUCUAUGGGUGGAUCGUCUUUGCAUGGAGGAGGUUCAGCCUGCAGAGCGGAUGCAGCAGAUUGCGAGGAUGGACGAUAUCUUUGAAGGUGCCAUACUAGCUAUCAUUGCAGCUUGUGGCGAGGAUGCAGAUUAUGGUCUUCCCGGUGUUGGAUCACGAACACGACCAGCUCAGCCAAAAUACGAAUUCGUCAACUCCAACAUCACACUUGUGUCGAGUCUUCAAGAUCCACGGUUGGCGAUUAAGAACUCAACGUGGUAUCAGCGAGGCUGGACAUAUCAAGAAGGUCUCCUUGCGAGACGGCGCUUGAUCUUUACGGAUCAGCAGAUGUACUGGGAAUGCGAGGGCAUGUGCUGUCCUGAAUCACUCGUCCUACCGCUUGAGUAUUACCACGACAUGGAGGAGCAGCGGAUGUGUGACUUUAUGCGUCCUGGUCUCUUCAACGGUGUGUCGUUCGUUGAUGGAAGUUGGGAGCGCUGGAAGAGAUUACCCGGCAAGGCUGAAGAUCCAAGCACGCUCAGUAUCUUCCGAGAAGCAGACCAACAUAUCGGAAACUACACACGACGAGACUUGACAUAUGACCGAGAUUCGCUAGAUGCGUUCCUCGGCAUGCUAAGACGUCUCGAGACCACCGUUGGCCGCGGUAAGAUGUUCAACAUCCUCGGCAUUCCCCUCUGGGCACCACAAAUGGACCAAGGACCAUCAAUCCAAGGCCUCCCACGCACCCGCGACAUCUUUGCCCUCUCGACAUGUUUCUGGCACCAUAAAGAAGGUGUCAUCGCCACAAGACGUCCUCACAUGCCCAGUUGGACAUGGGCAGGUUGGAAAGGCCCCGUUGAUCUCUACUCCUCUAUCACAGUGGUAGAUCCGGACACGAAAGCCGUUCAGCGCAAGCAUAAUCACCACCACUACGUCUCCGCGACGCACGUAUCGCGCAACGACCCUAAUUCUAUCCGCUGGACGUACUCACCCAACAUCGUCCUCGUUAACCGCGACGGGAGUGUAGCAUAUGACUUUGGCGCCUCGACCGCAGUGACUGGCCAGCCCCCAUCGCCACCGAAUCUUCACAUCCGCCCUUACGGCAUCCACGUCCCAAACCCUUUCGUCCUCGACCGCGUAAAAGCGCGUUCUCACCCCGACGGAUGGAUCUUCAACCGCGUCAGCGUCGACAUACGCAUGAGUCGUGGAGCUGGCUCAAUGCGCGAGUACAUUGAGCGUCACGCGCGGGGUGAACAAAUGACGGUGCUGUGGUUUGUAGAAGAGGCGCUGGUCAUGCUCCUUGUUGUUGAGCGGACGGAGAGGGAGGGCAGGAUCGUGUGGGAGAGGGUUGGGAGGAUGAGGAUGGGGUUUCCGGAGGAGGCGAAGGAUGUAGUCAAGAGGUGUGGACGGUUGGAGAAGAUGGUGGAGGAGUUGCCGCUUAGGAGAUUGGGAGAGGAUAUUGUUAUUGAGUAGGGAAGUGUGUUAUUAGGGUAGUAUAUAUUGUAAUAUCAGGUGUUUCGAGUCAUGAGAGUUUGAUAGCCAAGUUAGGGGAUGUUUAGUGAAUGAAUAACCAACCGUAGCUUUGUUUAGGGUUGCACUUGUUCGUUGUGAGUUGGACCAGGUUGUGCUGGAGAGAAGGUCUUGAGACUGCAUUAAUGUUGUUAGUUGUG